AUGGAGGCGGCUGUGGACUCGGGUUACGGUGUGGUCACAGGCUUGAGCCUGGAGCUGGCGCUGCUGCCGCUGCAGCAGAUGGAGGCAGGGCGGCGCCUAGACACUGCCCGGCCCUGCCCCUCAGGUCUUUGUUUUCUCCUCUCCCUCGCCCCUGGGCACCAGCACGUGUGGAGUGAGAGCGAGGACUGCCUGCCUUUCCUGCAGCUCGCACAGGACUACAUCUCCUCCUGCGGCAAGAAGACGCUCCAGGAAGUCUUGGAAAAAGUCUUCAAGUCUUUCAGACCCUUACUGGGGCUUCCGGAUGCUGACGACGACGCGUUUGAAGAGUACAGUGCAGACGUGGAGGAGGAGGAGCCAGAGGCGGACCACCCCCAAAUGGGGGUCAGUCAGCAGUAAACUUGGAAGGGCUCCCACCUGCCAAGGAGUGAGCCCCGUGGUACCCGAGGCGGGCUCGCCUGCUGCUCCUGGGCUAGCUCUUAGCAACAGGACGCCUGACUCCCAGCUUCCAAAUUAAAACGAAAUACCUUCUUAACAACCACAAAAUAUCUGGGAUGAGCUACGCUCAGAAGUGACCUGCAUUUGACUCCCGUGUCAGUGGGUGUCUAUGGCGUUGUCUCGGUAGCCUUGGCCGUUUCUAAUUUAGAGUCCAUUCUGUGGCUGACGGUUGUUGGAGAAUUGACAUUCACUGACUCGAGUCUAGGGAACUCUGACUGUAUUAAGGAUGUGUUUUGAGGCCUCACAGGUGACUUUAUGGAGGGAAAGCAUGGCAGAGAAGAAUUGCAGUCUGCACUUUGUAUGUACCUGGUGACGUGUCGUAAGUGAACGUUUUUGCUUUUAAAGCAUGAGUUUUAAUACCUAGUCUUUACACUGCACAAGUGCAAGUACAAGGGCAGACAAGGAUCGAGCCACUCAGUUCUGGGUGAAGAGGGGAGGAAGGGAAGACCUCCCGGUGUGCAACCAGUCCUGAGUUACCUGGGGACGUGGUAGCUGGUUCUUGGUUGUAUACACAUACUUGCCUGGUCAAUUAUUUUAAAACAUGCUAAUUCCAAGACUUAACAGUGGAAAAUAUAAAUGGGGCGACACCAGUUACCAAAUUCUUUAGACUGUAAACCGUCCCACAUAUGACAGGAAACAUUUACCUUCUCUCUUUAUAAUGAGAUGGCAACUUGUUAAAUCAUGAAAAUAUCUAAAAAUCCAAGGGCCACGUCAACUUUGAAGCCAUAGAUAAAUCUAAUGGGAAAAUAAACCAGGAUAACAUUUUUUAAAAAA